AUGUUGUCGCGAUUGAUCUGCCUUUCAAACCGGUCGCGGCACAUUCGGCCCGCUUGUGGAGCAAUGGACGGGAAGAGAAAAGUAGAAGUGGAGAGCAAAGACAAUUCAGUUUGGAAAGCGGUUCGACCCGACCGGACACGAAGAGAACGUGAAGCCGACUGCGCAAUGCCUUGCGGGCUGUCUCGGCUGACGUCGUGUCGGUUCGCCGUUGGGCAACUUUACCACUUUCCAGGCCUGCGGAUGCAUGAACGACGCAGGAUCUUCUCUGUCCCUAUUGUGGGCCUUCUCAAGCAUGUGUAG